UUUACAGCAAAAUGAAAACUAUACAAAGACACAAUUAUUCAUUAGUGCCGAAAAAUGAUUUGUGUAAAGAGAAUUUCUUUGGAAAAGAUAUAAUUGAUCCAUAUCGUUGGUUAGAACAAACAUUCUCUGACAAAACGCAUCAAUUCAUUUCAUGUCAAAUGAAACAAACACAAGACUUUCUAUCACAAUGUCCAUAUAAAGAAGAAUUUCGAAAUUAUUUACAAUCAAUCUGUGAAUUUGAUCAGUACAGUUGUCCAAUAAUUCGUAACACGAAAUACUUUUAUUGUUUUAAACCGCCACAUUUAAAACAUGCUGUUUUAGAAUUAAUGGAAGAUCAAAUAACCGCUCCACAUAUUGUAUUAGAUCCAACAUGUAUAGGAUUAGAGAAAUUGGAACAUAUUUCUGCAUUCAAUUUAUCCGAUUGUGGUACAUAUUUAUGCUAUGAAACGUUUCAUCAAGCUACUGGUCGAUAUAAAUUGCAUUUUAAAAAUGUAAAAACCGAUCAACACUUGACUGAUUGUAUUCAAUUAUAUAAUAAAAGUUCCAUGACAUGGUCAAAAGAUAAUCAGGGUAUUUAUUACAUUCAUUGUAUACCAACAUCAAAUCUAUGCGAAGAUCAAUUCAACAAUUCAAUAGAAAAUUUUAUUGUCUCAAUAAAUUAUCAUCAAUUAAAUGGCAAUGAACACAAUAAAGAUUUGGUGCUUUGGAGUUGUGAAAUGUCACAACCAAAUUUAAUGUUCUGUGAAUUAGAUGAAACUGGACGUUUUAUUUUAAUGACUUUAUUGAAUGAACAAGGUUCACAGAAUAAAUUAAUCUUUGGUUAUGUUAAUCAUGAACGAUUGAAAACAAAAGGUCGUUUAAAAAUGAUCCCGAUUGUGGAUGAAUUCGAUGCAAAAUACAAAUUUAUCGGUAGUACUUCAACAGAAUUUUAUAUUCUGACUGAUUUUAAUGCACCAUUUAAUAGAAUUAUCAAAGUUAACAUUAAAUAUCCUGAUUGGUCAAAUUGGGAAGAUUUAAUACCUCAUAAUACAGUUAGAAAAUUGGAACAUGCUACAUGUAUCCUUCGAAAGUAUUUGGCUAUAAGUUGUAUAGAAAAAGUCAGAUGUAUGAUUUCAAUUUAUGACUGGAAUAAUGGAAAUCAUUUAAAGAAUAUAAUAACUCCAAUUGGUCGAAUCUAUUUACUUUCUGGUCAUUAUACAAGUAGUCAGAUAUUCAUUCAUUUCGCCACAUUCAAUGAACCAUGUACAAUAAUGCAGUGUGAUUUAUCUAAAGAUAAUUGGGAAUUAAAGGUGUUUCGUAAAUCUCAACCAAUGGAAUUACGUGAUAAAGAAUAUAAUAUCGAUCAAAUAUUUUAUCAUAGUAAAGAUUUAACACUUAUUCCAAUGUUUAUAUUUAGUCGAAAAAAUAUUAUUUUGAAUGGUAAAAAUCCAUGCAAAUUAGAUGGAUUCGGUGGAUUCGGUUAUAUAAAUCAACCGUAUUAUUCAGCAAAUGAAUUAUUAUUUGUUGAAAAAUUCAAUGGAAUAUUUGCAUUGGCUAAUAUACGUGGAGGAGGUGAAUUCGGUGAAGAAUGGCAUAAAAGUGGAAGUGAUAUUUAUAAAUCUACAGCAAUUGAUGACUUGUUGGCAGCUGCUGAAUAUUUAAUUCAACGAAAAUAUACUAAUUCAAAUAAUCUUAUAUUACAAGGCAAUGAAAAUGGUGGUCUUCUUGCAGCUUCUUGUGCAAAUAAAAGACCAGAUUUAUUUAAAGCAGUAAUUUUAAACAAUCCAUUAAGUGAUAUGAUACGUUAUUAUAAAUAUUCAUCAACUGGUAGAUGGAUGAAUGAAUAUGGAAAUUUAUAUUAUAAAAAUGUUUUUAAAGCAUUAUAUAAUUAUUCACCAAUUCAUAAUGUGCCAAAUUUAUCUCAAACGAAAUCACAUUAUCCAGCAGUUCUGAUUGUAUCUGAUCUACAAAAUGCCAAUGUUGAAUAUAUUCAUUCAUUAAAACUAUUAGCUACAUUACAGAAUGAAUUAAAUAAUAAUGAUUAUAAAUUAGAACAAACAAAUAUAACACUUGGUUGGUUUAAAAUUGAAGGUCAAUAUCAGAUCGAUAAGGUUACAAGUAUCUGUUCGUUUAUACAAAUGAUUUUAUCAAAUACUUGGAGUAAGCAAGUCGGCAACCAAUUAAGCUAUCCUGGGAACACGAUCAGGAUCUCAACAUGAACAAGAUUUUAUUCCGAAUGAGGGGUUCAAAAUUCGAUAUCUUAUUAAAUGGAGUAAUUAUCCAUUUUAAAAAUAUAUACCUACGUGUUAGAAAAAUGAUGUUAUUGAAUUCAAAUUUCUGUAAUACUUGUAUUUAAAAUACAGAAAUAAUUAUAUUGUUUGUAAAUGUUGAUCAACAAUACUGGUGUAUUAAAAGGAUG